UAUGCAAGCUCACAUCAGUCCACCUGCCUUUCUUUUGGGAUUUUAAUGUGCAAGGAGCAAAACCGGCAAAAUGGUUUCUCAGGGGAUUCAGAUCAUAGGUAUAUCAAUGGCUGUGAUUGGCUGGUUCAUGGUUAUCAUUGUGUGCGCUUUACCCAUGUGGAAGGUCACUGCUUUCAUCGGAGCCAACAUCAUCACAGCUCAGACCAUCUGGCAGGGCAUGUGGAUGAACUGUGUGGUGCAGAGUACAGGCCAGAUGCAGUGCAAAGUCUAUGAUUCCGUGCUGGCUCUGCCCCAGGACCUGCAGGCCGCUCGUGCCAUGAUCAUCAUCUCCAUCCUGACCGGAAUCUUUGGACUGAUCUUGUCAAUCGCUGGUGGGAAAUGCACUAACUGCAUCGAGGAGGAGAGAUCCAAGGCGAAGGCUUGCAUCCUGGCUGGAGUUUUGUUCAUUGUCUCGGGGUUGCUCUGUCUCAUUCCAGUCUCCUGGUCUGCCAACACCAUCAUCACCAACUUCUACAACCCGUUAAUGAUCGAAGCCCAGAGACUAAGCCUUUUUACCAUGGGGAGGAUUGGCAAGGAAGUGGCAGGUCAGGUCAUCAGCUUCAUAGGCUUAGUUGGGGUGUCGGUGACCUGUGGGAUCCCCAUGUGGAGAGUGACCUCCUACAUUGGAGCCAACAUUGUGACAGGCCAGAUAGUGUGGGACGGUCUUUGGAUGAACUGUGUAAUGCAGAGCACCGGGCAGAUGCAGUGCAAGCUGAAUGAGUCUGUUAUGAAGCUGUCCAGGGAUCUGCAAGCUGCCCGAGCCCUGGUCAUCAUCUCCCUCGUCUUCGGCUUCAUCGGUUUCAUCAUCACCUUCAUUGGAGCUAAGUGCACCGGCUGCCUGAAAAAAGAUUCAUCAAAGGCCAAGGUGGUGAUCAUAGGUGGCUGUCUCUUGAUUGUUUCUGCAGUCCUGGUUCUGAUCCCUGUCUGCUGGUCUGCAACCAUCACCAUCACAGACUUCCAGAACCCCUUGACCAUUGAGACACAGAAGAGGGAAAUUGGAGCCUCCAUCUACAUUGGCUGGGCCUCUGCUGCGAUUCUUCUGAUCGGUGGGAUCAUCCUUACCACAUCCUGCCCUCCUCAAAAACCCAUGUAUGGAUAUCCAGGGUACGCACCGGCCCCAGUGUAUCCCUACGCUGGUCCGGUGGCAAACCCGGCAACGUACGGCCCUGUGUAUGUUCCCCCAUCGAGCCAACCAUACACAGGCACUGGGACAUACAUACCAAGCAAACCAUAUGCAGCACCAAACACAUACCCUGCUGGACAGUACCUCUAAAAAAAAAGGACAGAAGGAGGCUAAAGACUGAGUUAUCUGCCAGGAUGGCAUCAGGAACUUCUUAUGACUUUAGAAAGUACAAUUUCACCAAAAUACACUUUGUAAUUCUAAAGGAUGGUAUGUAUCCCAAUGCAUUGUUGGGAUUUAAAAUGAAUUCACUCAAUCACUGUGACCUAUUUUUUAUGAGUCUUUCAUGAAAUGUUUUCUCUUUUGGAUUGAUUUUGUGCUAAAAAGUAGAAAUCUUUCUAGUUUAGGAAGUGUUAAUACACAAGUGUGUAUAAUUGUAAAAUUCUGGCUGUAGAAUUUGAAUUGCUCUUCAAAUGAAUUAGUGUCGAUGUAUUUCCUUGUCAUACAGACCAGAUUAUGUAAAUAGUGAUGGUUUGUGAUUGAUUUCUGUAAAUGCCCUUUAUUUUUUGAUGUUGUUAUUAUUGUUAUAAGCAUUUUAAUAAAAUGUUUGUAGCACA